AUGGCGGCCAACGCGAAGACAGUGAAGGCAAUCGGGUGGGGCACCAAGGACUCGUCCGGCAUCCUUUCCCCAAUAGAGUUCACCCGUCGCACCACCGGCGAGCACGACGUCCAAUUCCGUGUUCUCUACUGCGGAGUCUGCCACUCGGACCUCCACCUCAUCAAGAACGACUGGGGAUUCGCCAAGUACCCUAUGAUCCCCGGCCACGAGGUCGUCGGCGUCGUCACCGAGGUUGGCACUAAAGUCGACGACUUCAAGGCCGGGGACAAAGUCGCCGUCGGCGUCAUGGUCGGGUCCUGCCGAAACUGCGACCAGUGCUCGAGCAACCUCGAGAACUACUGCAACGAGAAGCUCGACACGUACAACGGCGUCGAGCCCGAUGGCUCUCUCACCUACGGCGGCUACUCCGACCUCAUGGUGGCCGACCGCGACUUUGUCAUCCGGUGGCCAGAGAAUUUGCCCAUGGACCGCGGUGCGCCCCUCGUCUGCGCGGGUAUCACGACGUACAGCCCGUUGAGAUACUACGGGCUGGACAAGCCAGGCCUUAAUGUCGGGGUUGCCGGGCUCGGCGGGCUUGGCCACGUGGCGGUGAAGUUUCUCAAGGCGUUUGGAGCUAAGGUGACUGUGAUUGACAUCGCGCCCGAGAAGAGGGCCUAUGCGCUGGAGACUCUGGGUGCGGAUCAGUUUUUGCUGGCGAAUGAGCUGGAGCCAGCUGUAGGGACGCUGGAUGGGAUUUUGGAUGCUGUUUCUGGGUUCCAUUCGAUCCAGGCGCUGCUGAGCCUUCUGAAGCCGCACGGGAAGCUGGUGGUGGUGGGGCUGCCGGAGAAGCCGUUGGAGCUGCCCAUGUUUGCGCUGGCCACGCAGAGGAAGAUGAUUGGUGGGAGCAUGAUUGGAGGGAUCAAGGAGACGCAGGAGAUGAUUGAUUUCGCGGCUAAGCAUAAUAUAUUGCCGGAUGUUGAGGUUAUAUCCGUGGAUUAUAUUAACACGGCCAUGGAGAGGCUGGCGAGGGGUGAUGUCAAGUACAGGUUUGUGAUUGAUGUGGGGAAUACUUUGAAGGCCUGA